UACUGGCACUUGGCAGCCCUGAGCGUGUCUUUGACACUGACACUGACACUUAAUAUUACCAGUAUUCGGUAUUCAUUAGUACCAACUGAUAAGCCAAUUUAUAUCAUAGUGAUUUUAUUUUUAAGCAAUUUACAUAUAGUUUAGCAGUUAAAAAAAUAUACCAGCACUUACUGUGUGUAUAAUUAGCAUAUAAAUAUGGAUAAUCCUGCUAAAACUAAUUUAAGAUCACCGUUAAAAAGCUUCAAAAAGAUUCCCGUAUAUGUGGUAGAGGAACACAAUGAAGUUUUAAGAUUUAUAUAUUCGGCUAUUGGUGGAAAAAAACUACCCUUAGAAGGUACAACCUUAGUACAUCUCGAUGCUCACCCAGACAUGCUUAUAGAUCGUAAGUUAAAAGGAGAGGACGCUCGGGCCGGAAGAAAAGUUUUGCCAUUAUUACAAAUAGAAAAUUGGAUUGUACCCGCGGUGGCGGCUGGCCAUAUAAGUCGUGUAGUAUGGCUGCGACCGCCGUGGGCGAAACAAUUUGCGGAUGGCUCUCGCAUGAUUCACGUUGGAGACCACCCUGAAACAGGCUUACUUCGUGUAGACAGUACAGAGCCUUACUAUAUGUCUGAUGCAUUGUAUUCCCCGCAAUUGAUCAACGAAAGAAAGUUUACAUUAACUGUUGCAGAACUUAGCGAGAGAAACGAAGAAAGCAUAAAAGACAAAAUAAAAUGUCUUGAUAUUUGUGAACCCUAUGUGCUUGAUAUUGAUUUAGAUUUUUUCAGUACAACGAACCCAUUUCUUAAUAUGUAUGACCAAAUAAAGCUGUAUGAUCAGCUGGAACCCAUAUUUGGCUUUAACAUCCCGCAGGCUAACGAUGAGAAAACAUGUAUAGAAUUGUGUAAAUCGAGAGAACAACAAUUGGUGGAACUGCAAGAACUGUUUGAAUAUUUAGAAAAGAAUUUUGAUUUAAAAGAAUACAAAGGACCGAAAUCAGAACUAUAUCAUAAGGUAUGUGAUUUAAAAGAUGUCGUGGAAGCAGAGGCACAGCGGUUAGGCGAAAAACCUGAUUGGUGGAUGAUAUUUACUGGAGGCUGUACUCGAGAUCAGGGAGGUUUGCCUCACCAUAUAAGCACUGAAGAAGACAUAGAAGAAACUGUAAAUAAGACACUAAAGACGUUUUUGAAAAAUAUCCCCCCACCUAUUAUGAUAACCGUAGCGCGAUCCAGUGACGAUGGAUACUGUCCCCCGGAUCAAACUAAUUACAUUCAGGCGUUAGUAACACAAAUUAUAAAAGAAGUGUACGACACGGACAGCCCCAUACUUUAUUAUUUGUAAAAUACUUGUGAAUAAUAUGGUUCUUGUUGUAGCUUAAUAAGAAAAUAUAAAUAAAUAUAUCCUAUUCCUAAGUACUUACAUUAAAAGAGUUUUAUUAUUGACUUAUUCUUUACUACAGAUUACAUUAAAUAGUAGUAGUUUUCAUUUUUAUGUAUUUCUUAUAAUGUAAUAAUAAUAUAAUCAUUUCUUAUAAU